AAAGAAGUUUUGAAUUGGGAAAAUGUGACCAAGUCUAAUUCUACAGUUCAAGCCAUUGGGGCAUCGAGCGAGUUCUUAUUUACAAGCUUCGAGUCAGGGAGGAGAAACUCAAAUUCAAUAAUGGUGUAUGAUAUAAACACCUUGAAACUUGUCAUUGAGAUUGGGCAUUAUGAGAAUUAUGGCACUGAUAUUGAACCUGCAAUCCCUGCCACAAAGCUGAACUGGGUUUCAAAUCAUAGAUUGGUUAUGGUUGUAAGUUCGCAUAGUGAAUUAUCUGGUGUAAUGGGUAAUAUUAAGUUUUGGGAUAUACGGUCUGGGAAUGUGGUUUUUGAGUUGAAGGAGAAAGUUAACUGCUUUGCAGAUGUUUGUGUUUCAGAUAACUUGAAUUCCAUUUUUAAGGUUGGAGUUAAUUCUGGGGAGGUCUUUUAUGCAGAUUUUAGGAUUUUAGGAGGUGGAGGUGGAGAUCAUGAUGGUGGUGGUAACAACAGUGAUAUAAGGGUUUGUCUUGGGGAUGAUAGGAAGAUUAUUAAUGGGAAGAAGGAGGGUUCUGGAUGCAAGACAAACCCAGCUCGCACCUGGGUUCGCGACGAACCCAACAAAGGUAAAAGAGAAAAAAAAAAAGGGCCAGUGGAAGGAGAGGAUAAGACAGAAUGGGGAAGAAGAUGGAGACAAAUAAGUAGUUACAAAAUAAUUUAAAAAUAUUUAUAAUAAUAAUUAUGUAAUUAAAUAAUUUUUAAGGUU